AUGCGUGGCGAAAAGAUGUCUCAAUCAAAACAUAUACACUUUGCCUUUUCUCUGUGCCUUACGGUUUCUAUUCUCGUUGGCUCACUGAAUGCAGAAUGUUGCAAAGACGGCGAUAAAAAGAUCGACGAGGAUGAUUGCACCAAGUAUUAUGCCUGCUGCACCGGCAAGUUCGUUCAGAAGUCUUGUGAUAGUGGGGACUGGUGGAACUGGCGAACCGGCGAGUGUGAAAAAGACUUCGGCGAGUGCAACUCCUGCGAGACCCCGACGUGUACCGAAGGUGAAUUGGAAGAGAACCCCUCAGACUGCGCAGGAUAUCUUGAGUGUGAGAACGGAAUCUUUGUGAUCAAGAAGUGUCCCGAUCAGUAUUACUUCAAUACCACACUUAAUAAGUGUGUUGAGGACACCUCUGGAGUGUGCGUUGGAUGUGUGGAAGGAAGCACUAAGGCGGACUCAGAUGGAGACUGUACAAAGUAUGAAGUCUGCUCAAGUGGAAAGUAUGUAUCCAAAUCAUGUGGCACCGGAGAUUACUGGAACGCGCUUAAAGGCGAAUGCGAAAAGGACAAUGGAGAGUGCAAUGGAAACAGCACAUGUACAGAGGGACAACAGGAGGUGAAUCCCGCAGACUGCGCUGGAUAUUUGGAGUGUAUCCAUGGAAGCUUGGUUGCUAGAAAGUGUCCAGACUUGAACUACUUCAAUGUGACAGAGAAUAAGUGUGUUCUGGACACCGAAGGCGUUUGCAUCAGCAAAGUCUGCGACCCAGAGUGCUGCGAUAAAUCCAACAAUUGGAUAGGGCCUGUAGAUAAGAAUUGUUCUGCCUUCAUCCAAUGUGUCUAUGGCAUCAAAUUUGAACAAAGGUGUCCGAAUAACCUGCAGUUCAAUCCAUCCACGCUUGACUGUGACUUCCCUGAGAAUGUGAAAUGUGAUGACGGUUCUGCGCCACCCAGCGGUCCUAAUGCCGGACCAUCUGGCACCUACUGCGAGAGCCAUGGUCGUUGUGUUGGCCAGCCUGAUGGAACCAUGUUCGGCGAUGCCAGCACGACGUAUAGUAGCGCCUAUGUGGUCUGCCAGUGUGAGUGUGAAGUGGACUUUAACUGCAACGCUGGAUUGCUAUAUAAUCCGCAGCUCAAGGUCUGCGAUUGGCCCGAAAAUGUGAAAUUCUAA